AUGGCUGACGACGAUGAAGAUAAUGAAUUAAGUGAUGAUCAAAUUCAGGAGUUCCAAGAAGCUUUCGAUUUAUUCGACAGAGAUAACGAUGGUACAAUCACUCUUAAGGAGUUCUGUACCAUCAUGCGGGCUUUCGCCCAGAAACAAUACGAAAUAGAAUUGGAAGAAAUGUUUAAGGAGGCCGAUCCCGAGAACAACGGAACUAUUAGUUUUGUGCAGUUUUUAAGAAUCAUGGAAACUAAUUUUCAAGAGGAUAAAACCUCAGAAGGUAUCUCAGAGGCUUUCAGAGCAUUUGAUUCUUUGAAGAAAGGGAUAAUACCUGCUGAUGAUUUGCGGGAGUACAUGAUGACGUACGGAGAUAAAUUAACCGAAGAAGAAGCUAACCAGUUUGUAAAAAUGGCGGAUUCGAAUAAGGAUGGAAAAAUCAUCUACGAAUUUUUUGUCAGCAAAAUGGCGUCUGUUUUAGACAAGCAACCGAAACGGGAGCCUAGAUUUAAAGAAGAAACAAAGAAAUCUAAAUCUAAAUCUAAAAAGAAAUAA